UAUCGACAGGAAGUUCUUCACCACGCGGCUGGCCCGCUGUGGACUCGGGGUUAUAUCAGAGACCCCGACGCGCUGGAAGCACAAGCCUCGUGACCUCAGUGCUCUGCCGUACAGCUGGCAUCAUGCGCCUCCUCGCCUUUGGGUUCCUCUCUUCUCUCAUUCUACCAGCUGCCGAGGCGGUGGUAGUCCAAUACCCGCCCUUGGUAAGAGCCGAGGUCGGGGGCUCAGUUAACUUGUCCUGCGAUCUCGGGGACUUGACGCGGUUCUGCUACACGGUAAUGUGGCUCAGAUUCCAGGCGGAGACAUCUGUACUGACUCCAUACACGAACCAGAGUCCGGCAAGCCACGGCAGCGCUGGAGCAGAGAAGAUAUGCAAUUUCACCAUCAGCAACCUGCAAGCGAGCGAUUCGGGCACGUACUAUUGCGCUGUUGUGAACGGGCCAGUAGCGCAUUUUGGCAACGGAUCUACCCUGGUUGUAAAAAAACACUCUCUCGGACCCCCAUCCAUUACAAUCCUCUCCCCCUCUGCCGGGGAAGUCCAGUCCGGCGGUUCCGCUACUUUAGUGUGUCUGGUGUUCGGGGUAUCCGAGCAGGCUCGCGUCUACUGGGACAUAGCGGGGAGUGUUCGACACGGACUGACCGACUCCGGAUCCGGAGAUUCCAGUGAAUCCACUUCGGACUUUAUCAGGAAUCAAAUCACCAUUCCGGUCGAGGUCUGGAGCAGCGGGGCCGCGUGUACCUGUGUAGUGGAAACAGGGAGCGGGCGCAAUAUGAGCAAAACCGUGACAAAGAUUGGUAAGGUAGCUGUGGGCUAUUAUUUAUUUAUUUACCGUGCACGAGACGACACUUGCGCAAGUACAAUGUGCUGGAAUGUUGUGAAAUCUGGCAUUUUGAUUGGAUGAGAGUGACGUCGUGAUUAAUGAUCGUCUUUUGUGA